AUGUCAUUUUAUCAAUGGGUUAAAUCUUCUCCUGAUUAUAAAAACUACGCUUUUCAAAUUUCAGUUUCAAAAUGCGGAGAAAGUGAAUCAAAAGGAUGGUAUGCAUUUGAUAUUGCAUGGGGUGAUCUACGUUUUGAGAAUAACAACAUCACUUACAACAAAUGCAGUCGAUGUUCAUCAAUAGAUAGUGCCCUUGAUGGAAAAUCAAGUACAUGUAAUUUCUCAACAUUCAGAGAAAACAACCAAACUGGAAGUAGCUCUCUUGUAUUUAUCAGUAGUACUAAUUCAUAUAUACAAGCAGUUUCUUAUUUCAAUGUUAUUGGAAAUAAAUGCAAUACAAACAGUAACCAAGUUCUAUUUUUUUGUAAUUACAAUACUAAUGUUGAUCACUGCGUAUUUUUAAAUAACACUGCAGCAUAUAUGUUUGAUAUUUCUUAUAAAGGUUACACAUUGACUAUUACUGAUUCAUGUAUUCAAUCAAAGUCAACAACAAGUACAGGAGGAAUUGUCACAUUUCAAAGAACAAAUCAAAUUAAUUAUGAUUUUUAUCAAAUUCCAAGUUUUUAUACAGAAUUUUGUUUCAUGACACCAAAACCAAAACCAAAACGAAUCACAGUUUUAUUACCUUAUUUAUCCAAAUUUGCAGAAAAAUCAUCAAAUUUUAUUUCAUAG